GAUUUUUUUGUUUAGUCUGUGACGAAAUAUGGGGUAUUAACAUUUAUCUCAUCACAUUCACAAUACAAAAUUAAUAAAUUUUAGAUUUAUUACACAUAAAUGGUAAUUAAAUAUAUCUGUAAAAGUGCCUAUAUGUGAAUGUCGAGAUAUAUACGGUUGACCACUAGAUGGAUGUAUUGAUAUGAUUUGGGGUAAAUAAAAUAUUUUUUCAUUCAUAAAAAUACUUCUAUUUUAUUGUAUCUGCUAAUAAACAUGGAUAAUUCCGCUAUACAAACGUUGGAAGCAGCGGCGCAAGUGCUAAUGGCGCCGCCUAAUUUAGUAAGUUCUGAGCAGCGACAUCAGGCGGAAAGUGUGUUCCUUGAAUUUAGGAGCACCAAGAAUCCAUAUCAACUGUGUAGAGAAAUUCUUGAAAAAUCAAAUACUGAUUGUGUACUCUUUGAAGGUGCCAGUCUUAUAAAGACUGCACUUAUACGAGAAUGGAACUUAUUAUCUGCGGAUGAUAUAUCUUCACUCAGAGAAUACCUAUUACUAUACCUUCUUAGAAGAGAAGUACCGCCUUAUUUAAAAGAAAAAUUACUACAGACUAUAGCGGUAAUAGUAAAAAGAGGUAGCAUAAACGAUGGUGGAAGAGACAGGAAAGCAUUGUUGGAGGAAUUAGAAAAAAUUAUCCUGAGCUCCCCAAUAAGUCAGCAAAAAUUGGCAUGCUCGCUCAUUUUAUCAAUAAUGCAAGAAUAUGCCAUAACUGUGAAAUCUGCUGAUGUUGGAUUGAUAUGGGAAAUACAUUUUAAGCUAAAAAAAACCUUUGAAGGUCAAGAUCUAAAAAGAAUAUUUAGAUUUACUGUCGGAGUAUUAGAACAAAUAGUUCGAUCGGGUCAUCAACCAGAAGGAGAACAGGCAUCACUGACAAAACAGCUGUUAACAAUUGUGGAGACUGUAUUAUGCUGGAAUCAUGUAUCACCAUUACUUUCUAAGAGGUUGAUUGGUGCUUUUGAAGCCAUAUAUGAAAGUGAUACUGCACCUGCAUUGCGGCUUAGCCUUAAUUGGAGAGAUACCAUUAUGCAACCAGAAUUAAUAGCUCUGUUUUUUGAAAUACAUAUGUAUGUUCGAAACAACCCAGAUUUACUUAAUUCUUCACUUACAUGUUUAGUUCAGUUAGCCAGUUUGAGUGGUGUUGUUGUAUCAGCGAGUAAUUUGAAACAACAAUACCUGGAGAAUUAUGUAAAUAGUUUUGUAAGGAUUUUAGGCUUCAUUCAACCAUCGGAAAGAGAAAUGUUGGGUAUAUCACAGAUUUAUCGGAGAUUGGUUCAGUUUUUUACAGCAACUAUGAUAGCAUCUACUCCUCCGGCUUUUCUUCAAUAUUUAACCACCUAUACUUGCCAUUGCAUUAGAGGAUCUGUUAUUGAAGAAGGUGUAAAUGAUGAUACAGUAUGGAGAGAAUCUUUGAAUAAAUUUCUACAUACCUGGAGUUCGUUAGUCCACGAUGCGGAUGGAUUUCCAAAUGCAACGUUAAUGAGUCCUUGUAUAGAAAUCUUCAAUACAUAUUUGCAAUGUCGCUUGGCACCUCCCGAUGGAACGAGAGGAACUGAAGGUAGUGAUGGAUGUAAUGAUGAUAUUAAGGAUGAUAUGGAAGAAGAUGAACGACAGCUGCACAGCAAUAUUUUGUUGACUAUUGGAGCUAUUGCCCGAAAAGCACCAGCUCAUUGUUGCCAUGUGCUACAUACACUUCUCACUGAUAGGAGCAAAAGGCUUGAAAGUCAAUUACAGCUUAUGCACAUGGGUAAAAUGCAAAAUAUGAAUGGUGGGGAACAGCUGGUUACUCUGUUUGAAGAUCUGCACUGGAUUUUAAUGAUAACCGGACAUUUUCUCGCGUUGGACUGUACGGAGGGCGAAACAGUGAUCAUACCGUCAGAGCUCGUCGAGUACAGUGUCGCGCAGAACGCUAAUGUCGACGCUUCGUUGCGAUACUUGGUCGGUGAAACGACAACUACUGAGAAUGUUGAUGAUAUUUUAAAGUUGGUAGGUGAAAUUCUCCGCAUUAGUUCGUACGAGUGCGCGGCCCUAGAGGCGGGGCUGGCGUCGGUGUUCAGCCCCGAACUGUCCGCAACGCUCUCGUGGUUGCUGAAAAUAUGGGCCAAUGCGUAUCUUGUCUUGCAACCGCCUCAAUGUUCUGAGGUGCUGGAGGCGGCGUUCGGGCGCGGCUCGCGCGGCGUGUCGUGGGUGGUGUCGCUGGCGGCGCGGCGCGCGGCCGCCACGCUGCGCCACCUCGCCGCGCAGCCGCCCGCCGCCAGGCACGCCCUCGCGCUGCUCGCCACGCUGGCGCACCCGCAGCACAGAGAAAAUCCCUUAGCCAGUUGCAGCGAGUUCCUGGCUUUAGUCGUGUGGGAGAUGCAUGGUAGCAACUUGCCCGGGGAUCUUAGGAGAGAAUUGCAUAGAGUGUUUGCAAUUGCUGCUACAUACGCAGAAGGUGAUGAAAGAAACCGGCUGUUGAGUAGUACAGUAACCCUACAACAUAAGUUAAUGAACAUAAUCAACAUGGAAUCUGAUACGGAACCCGUUCGCAACAUGCUCGCAGACACGCUCGACUGUUUCAUAGGAGUCACUGAAGGUGUUCUCGAAGUUGGAUCGAUAGAUGAGCAAUUUACAUUGCUAAUGGGAGCUUUAGAUAAAAUACCUGGUAUUAUUUUUCGGUACCACAACUACCCUGGUGUAGUGUUGCCCGCUUUAAAUCUACUAGCCAAGAGUGCAAAAAGGAUGCUGCAUUCGGUUCAACUACAAAACGUUACUAAAUUUCUAGAAGUAUGCAAUGCUACAUUUGAAGUUUAUAUGAGAUGGAAUUCUGGAAAAAUAUCGAGUAUUCCACAAGACGCGGAAGAAGAAGCAUACGAGGACAUCUGCGCGCUGAUGGAGGUGAUCAGCAGCGUGUCGCGCUGCGGCGCGGGCUGCGGCGCCGAGGCGGCGUGGGGCGCGGCGUGCGCGCGCGGCCUGCGCCUGCUGCUGCCGCUCGUCACGCCGCCGCUGCUGGCGCUGCCCACGCUGGCCGCGCGCGCCUACCGCAUGCUGCGCGACCUCGACCAGGCCGACCAGAUAAUAAAUCUUCCCAUAGAAGACUUCAACAUGGUGAUAACGGCGCUCCGCGUCGGUCUGACGGCCGUGUCCUGCGACGUGUCCACGCUGUGCUGCGACACCAUAGUGGGCAUCGCGAACACGGUGCGGAGUCUGGGCGACGACAACGCGUACGCGAUAUCCCUCUUGUCACUCGCGGAACUUUUGCUGAUGCUCAUCAUUAAGAUGGAGAUACCGCCGGACUCGAUACCCGCCGCGGGAGCCGCUAUCUAUGCGUUGACGUGUGUCAAACCUGCGCUUCUAGAGGGACUCGCGAGACAGCUGAUCGAAGCGUAUGCGGUGAACGACCCCGCUAACGUCCCACGGCUGGAGGAAUCGUUCCGAGUGCUCACGAAUGGUGUCCUUUUUGACGGUCUGAGAACGCAUAAGCUUAGAUUUCAGGAUAACUUUGAUAAGUUCCUAGCUAGUGUACACGGUUUUCUCAUUGUAAAAUAAAAUAUCUAACGGAAUUGUUAGGUUUUCAGCAGCGAUACAUAUAUUCAAGAAAAUCAAACGUGAUUCGAAUGAUUUUCUUCUGAAUUACUAGUCAUGAAGCCACGGAGGUUUAAUUCUCAAUUGUGGGAGACUUUGAUCAAUUUAUGAAUUGCAAAUUGAAUUUCUGAUUGGGUACAUGAAUGUAAGUAAGAUAAGAGUGACCGACAUGUCCUUCCAGAGGGCUGUGUUAUAGUAUUAAAUAUAUAAACUAAAUAAAUGUUUUACUUAUACAUUACUAUCAAUGGAAAU